AUGGUCACAGGAGGUUGUGACCGAGCAGUCAGACUGUGGACUCGAUUUGUGGCCGCACGUCCUGUUGCGACACUGCUGGGUCACCGCACCACUGUACUGGAUGUUGCAAUCUACCAGCCUGUUGGGCAGAUCUUCAGCUACUCCAGAGAUGCUGAGCUGAGGGUUUGGGACAUUUCCAGCCAUCGCUGUCUGAAAACCGUCUGCCUGCAUUUCCCCUGCCAGCAGCCAGGUCGGAUCCCUGAACACGGCAACUUCCCCUUCCUGUUGCUGAACCCUCCUCUAGCUGAACAGUCUCAUUUAGUGGUGGCAUGCAAAGACUACCUGGCGCUGCUCAGUCUGGCCAAAACAAGAAGAGGAGGGGGCGGAUGGUUGACGGAUGAAGGAAGGGAAGCUGGACCACAAACACAAAGUGGUCCUGCCCUCACCUGUGCUCUGUACAACUCCACUCUAAGACAGGUGGUGACUGGACAUGCUGACUCAUCUGUGUCUCUGUGGGACGUAGAGACAGGGAGGAUGCAGCUCCAGAUCUUGAAUGCUCAUGGAGAAGAUGAACUCACCUGCAUGGCACUGGACUCCUCCCACAGAAGACUGAUCACUGGGGCUCGCUGUGGCACCAUCAAGGUGUGGAACUUACUCAAUGGCCUCAACUUGCACAAGCUGGAACCUGUCACCGACUCUGAAGUCACUGGCUUGGCUUGUCUCCAUGACAACCAGCUGCUGGCUGUGGGAUGGAGCCAGCAGAUCGUUCAGUACGACAUUGCUGCUGCCAAGGAUGUAUUUGUAAGAGCAGACAUGUCGUGGAAGUCCAGCGGCGUCCACAAAUCAGACAUCUUGGCUGUGUGUCAGUGCCCUGCUCUGGGGGUCGUUGCCACGGCGAGCCACGGCGGAGAGGUCAUUAUCUGGAGGCUGGAGACGCAAGGACCGCUGUUCCAUCUGCAGAGGCCGACAGACAGAGGAGCGGCGCCCCCUGUGGACAGCCUCUUGUUCCUGCAGCAUCGAGCUGGCAGCAGAAAGCUGAGAAACAGAGGGGUCCUGGUCUCAUCGCAGGCCGGCUGCCUCUGCUUUUGGAGCAUCACUGGGCAGACGCACACUUACGGCCAGUUCUAUGCCCCGAAGCAGCCAGGUGAGCGUGUGCUGAGCCUGAGCUCAGAUCAGCCUAAAAACACGGUCCUGAUCUCUGGAGACACAGCAGGCUGCCUUCAGAUCUGGGACAUCUGUCACUUUGCACUGGACAGCCAACACGAGCCAGCAUGUGAGCGGCCUCCUCUGCUGCAGUGUUGGAAGGCUCAUAAGAGAGCGUUAGUGAGCGUGGAAGUCCUCGAGGUGGCCGACAGAUUGUUCGUCCUCAUAGCCUCAGCUGACGGCUCUGCUGGACUGUGGACGAAAGACGGAGAGCAUGUGGGUUCUUUCGGGCAGGAAGUGAUGUGGAAUAUCACUGAGCCAGCUACUUACCGGAGGUGA